UUCGGUAAUUUAUUAUUAAAUAUCGUGAUUUCUUUCUUUGUUUACAACCAUGGUAUAACAUAGUCGUUUUGCAUAACAGUUCCUCUUUAUUUCGAGCCUUUUCUUGAGCUCUCUCUGUUUUUCUUCUCUGAAAUGCUGUCAAGUUCUCUGCUACUGCUAGAGAGAGAGUAGAGUAGUACCCAUCUUUAUGGACUCUGUAAUACUAAAACCCACGUUCGAUUCUUUCAGUUUUAGCCUUUCGACUCCUAAGACCAAACCCCUCAGCGUAAGACAUUUUUCUUUCUUCAGAUUCCCUUACAAGCUCAGAACCUCGUCUAUCUCUGUCUCUUACAGACCAUUAUCAACUCCUUCAAAUCCCCAAAACCCAGAGUCAAAUUCCUUCACUUACGACUAUCUCUUGAAGCCACUGACCAUCUUGGCCCCUAUACUUCAAAGCCUUAAAACCUCACUUUUCGCUCGAACUCACAGAUGGGUUUCGUCUAUACAAGCUUCUCGUGAUUCGGAGAAGGUCGUAGACGGUAAUGGCGUCAAGUAUUUGCAGAGCAGUGGGCUUGGAAUAGCUCUGUUGAGUGUCACUACGAAUGCCAAGGUUAAGAUUAGUCCCGUUGUGGCCCAACUGGCCGCGAAUCCGACUUUCGUUUCGGGGAUGUUCGCUUGGUUCUUUGCUCAAUCGACUAAGGUUUUGCUGAACUUUUUUGUGGAAAAGAAAUGGGAUUUUAGAUUUUUUUUCGCUUCGGGCGGGAUGCCCUCGUCGCAUUCGGCGCUGUGCACGGCUCUCUCGACCUCGGUGGCUCUCUGUCAUGGCGUAGCAGAUUCGUUAUUUCCGGUUUGUUUAGGGUUUAGUCUGAUUGUUAUGUAUGACGCCAUUGGAGUUCGUCGACAUGCUGGUAUGCAAGCCGAGGUUCUUAACAUGAUUGUGGAGGACUUGUUUCAAGGACAUCCCAUCAGCCAAAGAAAGCUAAAAGAGCUUCUUGGCCAUACUCCAUCUCAGGUCCUUGCCGGAGCUGUGCUCGGGAUUGUGGUAGCCUGUGUUUGUUGUCAGGGUAACCUGGUUGCAGCAUAACGCAGCUUUUCUAGCGAUCGAAUUUUGCAGAAUCAUCAAUCGAUGAUCACACAUGCACCUUGCUACAAGUACUUGCUAAUGCUAUAUUCUGCUUUAAUGACAUGAAAUUGGUCUAUUGAAAAUAAAGAUAACCACUGUUUUGUUCUAAGAAAACCUCCUAAGAAGCUCAAGAGCGGUUUCAGAUGAUAGAUCUGAUUAUAGUGAAAUGCAGGCGCCAACCAAGCUUUCUGAAACAUGGAAGAGCCUGCAUAAUUUGUUUGUAUUCAUUUUAUGCAAAUUUCAAUUCUUCUCCGGGGAUUUGUUAUGCCUUAUUUUUGCAUUUUGUAAAACCAAUCCAUUGCAACUAAUAAAAGCUUACUAGAAGUACUAAUUUGCUAAAUAUAGCUGACUGUUCUGGAGGAGUAAUUUUUAACAGAUGGUUGCAAAAUACAUCAAGUUAUAUUCAAGUGAAUGAGAAAAUCCUUACCUUUAACAAAAAAA